AUGAGGCCCCCGGAGACCCGCGGCUCUGCGCUGACCGGUCACGUGCUGCUGUCUUGCAUCAGAAGAGACUCUGAUGCCUUGUUAUCGUUCCUCCCAGAGAGAAGCAACCUGGCCGGGGUGCGGCACAUCCUGCUGGUCCUCUCCGGGAAGGGCGGCGUGGGGAAGAGCACCAUCUCCACCGAGCUGGCUCUGUCGCUGCGGCACUCCGGGAAGAAAGUGGGGAUCCUGGACGUGGACCUGUGUGGCCCCAGCAUACCCCGCAUGUUCAGGGUGCAGGACAACGACGUACACCAGUGCGACAGCGGCUGGGUCCCUGUCUUUGUCGACCAAGACAAGAGCAUCUCGCUCAUGUCCAUCGGCUUCCUGCUGGAGAAGCCGGAUGAUGCCGUGGUGUGGAGAGGACCCAAGAAAAACGCUUUGAUCAAACAAUUUGUUGCUGACGUGGCCUGGGGGGACCUGGACUUCCUCAUCGUGGACACGCCGCCGGGCACGUCUGACGAGCACAUCUCCACGGUGGAGGCCUUGCGGCCCUACAAGCCGCUUGGAGCAAUCCUGGUCACAACGCCCCAGGCCGUGUCCGUGGGAGACGUGAGGCGAGAGCUGACGUUCUGUAAGAAGAUGGGCUUACGAAUUCUCGGCAUCGUGGAGAACAUGAGCGGCUUCGUCUGCCCGCACUGCUCGGAGUGCACAAACAUCUUUUCCAAAGGGGGAGGUGAGGAGCUGGCCAAGCACGCUGGGGUCCCCUUCCUAGGCUGCGUUCCCCUGGACCCCCAACUCAGCCAGAGCUUGGAAGAAGGCAGAGACUUCAUCCAAGAGUUUCCCAAGAGCUCUGCCUUCCCUGCUUUGGUUCACAUCACCCAGCAGAUCUUGGAUGGUACGUCGCAGCGGAGCUCCUGAGGAGGCUGCGGGAGCUGGACUCUUGCCGGCUGAGCCCCCGGCCUGGCCGCACCGCCACCAGCAGCCCGUGCCGGCGGGGAAGGGGGAUGCAGAAGCUGUUUAACUAUAAAACUGUCUCGGUGGGGGGUGAUGGAGGGAGAGGGGAGCACGGCAUCGAUGCCGCUCACGGCGAUCCGAAAAGGGAAAUGCUGCUCCAUCCCCCCGGAUCCGAAGAGACCCUGCGCGCGUGCUCCUGCCCGCACAGCGGCAGCCUGCUUCUUGCCUUCUCGACGUGGCGGUGCUCUGCCCAGAUGGUACAGUUGUUCCUAGCAGCGCCUUCUUCCGCAGCCAGCCGUUGUGCGGGCGCUUGCGGAGCUCUAGCUUGCGUCCGUGGCGUCUCGUACGCUGCAGCGCUUCUGGCAAUCACCCGAUGCAGCUACGGCGGGCAAACACCAUCGACUCUUCUUCCCUCAAUGAACCCAAACGGCAGCGAUCCUCUGGAUCGUGGCUCCAUGUGCUGCUGCCUUCUACCGCUUUCCUUGCGUGACGGAUUAUAUGGUACUUGGUUCAGUGGCUGGUGAGUUCGUGCUGGUUGCUCCGAUGUGGACCCAAGCCAGGCCACCUUGCUCUGAAAUCUCAGAUCGCUGGUUCCCGAUGGGCCGAUGAGGGCACGGCACGCGCUUCGCGUGAGAAAAUGUCUUUAGGAGGUCUACCACCCGUCUGAGAUCUGCAUCCUGCUGUGCUGGAAACAAGGCCUUUUUGGUCUGCUGGGGGUUAUUGUGACUCAGGAAUAUUUUUAAAGGUUCCAGGCAGUAAAUGCUUUUCUUAAAAUCCAA